AUGUCGGAUUCCAAGGACGUCAAGGGCAAGGGUCCCAGCAGCAACGAGCCCGCGCAGACGAACGAGACGCCGACGGACGAGACCCCCGCGGCGGCCGAACCCUCGUCGAAGAAGCACAAGCUGUUUGGCAGCAAGAAGGAGCAGGAUGGGGCGGACGAAGGUGCAUCCGGGACGAAGAACAAGAUGAGCGAGAAGGCGGCAGAGAUGUUGUUGGAGAAGAACCCGGCGCUGAAGAACGAGAUGGCCGGGCUGGACCGCGAGCAGGCAGCGGCGGCGUUGCGCAAGAUGGGACUGGAGGAGCUGCUGACGGGCCUGUCGCUCAAGGGUAAGAACCAAAAGGACAUGGCCUCGUACAAGUUCUGGCAGACGCAGCCGGUGCCGCACUUCAACGAGAAGGGCAAAGGCGAGGUCGCCGACGGACCCAUCAAGAUCAUCGAUCCGGAGCGUGUCUCGCGAGAGCCCGACGCGUUGAUUGAGGGGUUCGAGUGGGCGACUCUCGACCUGAGCGAUGAGAAGGAGCUGUCCGAGCUGUGGGAUCUUUUGACAAAUCACUACGUGGAGGAUGACAAUGCUAUGUUCCGGCUUCGCUACUCGCAGGAGUUUCUGCACUGGGCGUUGAUGUCGCCCGGGUGGAAGAAGGAAUGGCAUGUCGGCGUGCGGGCGACCAAGUCCCGCAAACUGGUCGCUUCCAUCUGUGGUGUGCCUACGGAGAUCCGGGUGCGCGACCAGAAGCUGAAGGUCAUUGAAAUCAACUUCCUCUGCGUGCACAAGAAGCUGCGAUCAAAGCGUCUGGCGCCCGUGCUGAUCAAGGAGGUUACACGCCGCUGUUACCUGAACGGCAUCUACCAGGCUGUCUACACGGCGGGAGUUAUCCUGCCCACCCCGGUCAGCUCGUGCCGGUACUACCACCGCGCACUGGACUGGCUGAAGCUGUACGAGGUCGGAUUCUCGCCCAUGCCGACGGGCUCGACCAAGGCCCGUCAGAUCGCCCGGAACCAGCUGCCCAGCGCGACCUCGACGCCGGGCCUGCGGCCGAUGGAAGCCAAAGAUAUCGACGCCGUGCGCGACCUGCUCGACCGGUACCUCCAGCGGUUCCAGCUGAAUCAGGCCUUCAGUAGGGAGGAGAUUCAGCACUGGCUGGUUAACCAGGUCCCCACCGAAGCGGAGCAGGUUGUCUUCUCCUACGUGGCCGAAGACUCGGAAACCCACAAGAUCACCGAUUUUGUCUCCUUCUACAGCCUCGAGUCGACCGUCAUUCAAAACGCCAAGCACAAGGGUGUCCGUACGGCAUACAUGUACUACUACGCCACCGAGACGGCCUUCAACGCAGAUGAAAAGGCGUACAAGGAGCGGCUGCUGAUGCUCAUCAACGACGCCUUAAUCUUGGCCAAAAAGGCUCGUUUCGAUGUCUUCAACGCCCUAACCAUUCAUGACAACCCUCUCUUCCUGGAACAGCUCAAAUUCGGUGCCGGCGACGGGCAGCUGCACUACUACCUGUACAAUUACCGGGCGAGUCCCGUGCCUGGCGGCGUCAACGAGAGGAAUCUCCCCGAUGAAUCGAAGACGGGCGGCGUUGGAAUCGUCAUGUUAUAG